GCAGAGCCGCCAUGGACACGAGCCGCGUGCAGCCCAUCAAGCUGGCCAGGGUGACCAAGGUGCUGGGCCGGACCGGUUCCCAGGGGCAGUGCACGCAGGUGCGGGUGGAGUUCAUGGACGACACGAGCCGCUCCAUCAUCCGCAACGUGAAGGGGCCGGUGCGGGAGGGCGACGUCCUCACCCUGCUGGAGUCGGAGCGCGAAGCCCGGCGGCUGCGCUGAGCCGGUGAGCCCGGGGCCGCCCGCGGCGCGGAGCGCUCGGCCUCCCCCGCCGCCUCCGCGGCCUCCCCGCGCCUGCGGAGGGGGCUCGCCGUCCUCUAAACCGGCGUGGCCUCCGCUGUUGUGUUUCAGGCGAUGAAGCCUUGCGGCGUUCCCUCGGAGCGGCCGGUUGGCGUCCGCUCAGCCAGGCGCGGGUCACGGGUGGCGAGCAGCGUGGCCCUUGCGCUGCUGCAAUAAAGGGUUUUUCCAGAA